AGUUGGGGACUCGGCAUUACUCAGGUUAUUUGAAAAAAUAAUUUUAAAAUAAUAAGCUAGUAGUAAUAAUACUAAUACCUUUCUCUCUCUCUCUCUCUCUCUGUGUUUCCUUCUUCGUGACUCCGCUUCCUCCCACCGCCGCCUUCUCGCCUGAGGAAAAAAUGGCGGAGAAAGAUGUUCUGUUCUGACGCACCGAAGAAGCCCCGCCCCUCGCCUGUCUCCCUCUAGCCAUCCCCGCCUUCCCAUUGGCUAAGGCCUUGAAGCCCCGACCAGUGGAGGCUCCCAUUGGUUGCCUGCCGCUCUCCAGCCUUGAUUGACGGGUGGCAAGGAUUGCGAGAUGGAAGGGAAGGAGGGCGGAGGCUGAGGGCAGAGACUGAGAGAGAAGAAGGCGGGAGGGGUGACGUCACAGUUGGCCCCGCCCACUCCUUUGUAGGCGGGAAAGGAUGAGGAGAGAAAGAGAGUGACAGGAAAGAUGAAGGAAGGCCUCGAGGGAGAAGGACGGAGGAAAAUGAGGAUUCUGUGGAGCCACCUCUUGGUUGCAGCAAAGAAACCAACAAUAUAGGAAGAAGAAGAAACCCUCCCAAGGUGAUGAUCUUACUGAAUCUUUGCUCCCACUUGCAGAUAAGAAAGGGGGAAAAAAGAGUUAGGUAUUUGCAUUAAACGCCCAUAUCAUUGUUGACAUGAAGGAGAAAACAUCAAAAUGCCUGGAGUGUGGAAAGAGCUUCACUUGCAGUAAAAGUUUACAUUUACAUCAUAGGACACACACUGGGGAGAAACUCUACACAUGCCUGGAGUGUGGAAAGAGCUUCACUGUCAGUAGAGGUUUACAUUUACAUCUAAGGAUUCACACUGGGGAGAAACCCUACACAUGCCUGGAGUGUGGAAUGAGUUUCACUCAGAAGGGAAAUCUACAUUCACAUCAAAGAACUCACACUGGGGAGAAACCCUAUACAUGCCUGGAGUGUGGAAUGAGUUUCAUUCAGAGUUCAGGUUUACAUUUACAUGAAAGGACUCACACUGGGGAGAAACCGUAUACGUGCCUGAAGUGUGCAAAGAGCUUCACUUGUAGUUCAAGUCUCCGUUCACAUCAAAGAACUCACACUGGUGAGAAACCCUAUACAUGCCUGGAGUGUGGACAGAGCUUCAGACAGAGUGGAAUUCUACAAAAACAUCAAAAGACUCACACUGGGGAGAAACCCUAUAAAUGCCUGGAGUGUGGAAAGAGCUUCACUUGUGGUUCAAGUCUCAGUUCACAUCAAAGGACUCACACUGGGGAGAAACCCUAUACAUGCCAGGAGUGUGGACAAAGCUUCAGUGAUAGGUCAGCUCUACGUAGGCAUCAAAGGACUCAUACUGGGGAGAAACCCUAUACAUGCCAGGAGUGUGGAAUGAGUUUCAUUCAGAGUUCAGGUCUACAUUUACAUCAAAGGACUCACACUGGGGAGAAACCCUAUACAUGCCCGUUGUGUGGAAAGAGCUUCACUUCUGGUUCAGAACUCCAUUCACAUCAAAGGAGUCAUACUGGGGAAAAACCCUACAAAUGCUUGGAGUGUGGACAGAGCUUCAGUCAUAAUUCAGGUCUACGUAGACAUCAAGGGACUCACACUGGGGAGAAACCUUAUAAAUGCCUUGAAUGUGGGCAGAGCUUCGCUCAUAGCUCAGGUCUACGUUUGCAUCAAUGGACUCACACUGGGGAGAAACCCCAUAAAUGCCUGGAGUGUGGACAGAGCUUCAUUUAUCGUUCAGGUUUGCGUUCACAUGAAAAGAGUCACACUGGGGAGAAACCCUAUACAUGUCUGGAGUGUGGAAAGAGCUUUAAACACAGUGCACAUCUACGUAGACAUCAAAGGACUCACACUGGGGAGAAACCUUAUAAAUGCCUGGAGUGUGGAAAGAGCUUCCCUCGUAGUUCAGGUCUACGUUCACAUCAAAGGACUCACACUGGGGAAAAACCUUAUACAUGCCUGGAAUGUGGAAAGAGCUUCCCUUAUCAUUCAGGUCUACGUUCCCAUCAGAGGACUCACGCUGGGAAGAAGCCCUAAACGUGCCUGGAGUGUAGACAGAGCUUCACUGAGACUGAAAAUCUACAUUCGCAUCAAAGGACUCACUCUGGGGAAAAACCUUAUACAUGCCUUGAGUGUGGACAGAGCUUCACUCAUAGUUCAGGUCAACAUUCCCAUCAAAAGACUCAUACUGUAUAGAAACUAUGAACACACAGCAUGUGGAAAGAGCUUCUCUGAGAAUUCAAGUCUACACAUACAUAGAAUUCACAUUGGAGAGAAAAAUUGUGUUUGACCCCAUAGAGGUGCUCUAAGACACAGCUUUCCAAACUUCAUGUUGUUUACAUACUUUUUGGACAUGUAUCCUGUUGCAACACAGCAACAGUUUAACUAGCACACUGGAGGUAAAACCAACCCCAUAUAAGAUUAUAAAUAUAUAUAGUAUAAUAUAAUAAUAUAUAGAGACAAGUUUUGUAUAAUCCUUAAUCUAUAAACAAUUCUUGUGUAUUUUCUUGUAUAUGGAGUUCAUCACAUACAUCGUUAUCAACUUCUCCCUUAAUUUUAAAUUCCAAUUUCCUUCCACAUAUUCAUUUAUUUUCUCUGUUGAAUAUUCUCCUGCUUGGUAUAACUCUGAAUAGAAUUCCACAAAUAUUUUUAACUUUUCUUUCUUUAAUCUAUAGAUUUUUCCUCAUUUAUCUCUUACCUCAUUUAUUGUGUUUUCCAUUCUUUUCAGUACCGACCUUGCCAACAUUCUUGAAUUUCUGUUACUACAGUAUAUUCAAAGAAUUCUCUCCUUAGAUAUAUCAAUUUUUCUACUUGAACCAUCUCCAUUGUAUUUGAUUCUUCUUUUUUGCCCUUAAUUCAUUGUAUAUACAUUUAGUUCUUUAUAUUAUAUACUGAUUUUCCAAUCUCUUUUUCUAAUACAUUUUCCCUUGCUUCUUGUUUCUUUCUUACCUUUUUAUGCUUCUUUCAUUAUCAACCCUCUCAUCUCAGCUUUCACCGUGUCCCAAAAUAAGGCUCUUGAUCUCUAUUGUUUAAGUCCCAAAUUUCUUGCCACUAUUUCACUAAUUUAUUUAUAGGGUUGUUGUAUGUUUUCUGGGCUGUAUGGCCAUGUUCCAGAAGUAUUCUCUUCUGACGUUUUGCUCAGAUGUGGGCGAAACGUCAGGAGAGAAUACUUCUGGAACAUGGCCAUACAGCCUGGAAAACAUACACAACCCUGUGAUUCCGGCCAUGAAAGCCUUCGACAACACAGUUUAUUUACAGUUUCCUCUUGGUUCAGUAUAAUAGGACGAAAUCUCCAUCUUUUUAUCCAAUUGUAAUCUUGCUUAAUUUCCAUUUCUAUACUAACUGGAACAUGAACAAUAAUCCUUAUAUUUCCAUAUUUACGACUUAAUCUGGCAUGUUUUUGGACUAAACAUGUAAUCGAUUCUUGUGUAUGUUUUAUGUAUGUCUGAAAAAUCUGUAUACCUUCUCUCAUCUCCUUUUAAGAGUCUCCAAACAUCUCUCAAUCCUCAUUUGCCCACAGUCAUACUUAACUUUGUCAUGUGGUUACUUUCAUUUCUAGCUGUUGGGUUGGACUGAUCUUUUACCAUGUCAAUUAUUAUAUUAAUAUCACCUCCAAAGAUUAUAUAUUUUUGUUGCCAGAUAGUUAUUUUCUUUAACACUUUCCCAUACAAUUCUUCUUGCUUUUCAUUGGGAGCAUAAACAUUUACUAAUACAUAUUUGUCUUGUCCAAUUAUUCCUUCCAUUAUUAUAUAUCUGCCUUCUUCAUCUUUCAAGACCCCAGUUUUCACAAAAUUACAUUUUCCGCUGGAGGUUUUUGAGCUGAGGUUGGAUGGCCAUCUGUUGGGAGGGCUUCUGCUGGGCCUUCCUGCCUGGGUGAAGGGGGUCGGACUGGAUGCCAUGUGGGGGUCUCUCCCAGUUCGGUGGGGGAGCCAGUCUUUCAUGCGACACGCCUGUGGACUACA